GCCGGUGCGGGGUCCGCCCCCGUCGCCGCCGCUCGGGCCGCUGGGCUCGGGAGAGGCGCCGUGGGGCUCGGACGCGGACUCGGACGGCGGCUCGGAGGCGGCGGCGGUGGGCCGGGGGCGGCCGUCCGGGGGACCCCCGGAGACAGUGGAGUCGGAAAUGGCCGGUCCUCAUCAGCUUUGCAUCCGUCGCUGGACCACCAAGCAUGUUGCCGUUUGGCUGAAGGAUGAAGGCUUCGUAGAGUAUGUGGACAUUCUGUGCAAUAAGCAUCGUCUAGAUGGCGUCACGCUCCUCACUCUGACCGAGUAUGAUCUACGCUCUCCUCCUCUGGAAAUCAAGGUCUUAGGUGACAUUAAAAGGCUGAUGCUUUCUGUCCGGAAGUUACAGAAGAUACACGCUGAUGUUCUGGAAGAAAUGGGCUACAGCAGUGACAGUCCCAUGGGCUCCAUGACGCCCUUCAUCAGCGCUCUCUCCAGCACGGAGUGGCUCUGUAAUGGAGACCCUUCGCACGACUGUGAUGGACCCAUCAGUGACUUGAGUUCUGAUCAGUACCAGUACAUGAAUGGCAAAAGCAAGCACUCUGUUCGAAGACUGGACCCAGAAUAUUGGAAGACCAUAUUGAGUUGCAUAUAUGUUUUUAUAGUCUUUGGAUUUACAUCAUUCAUUAUGGUCAUAGUCCACGAGCGAGUGCCUGACAUGCAGACCUACCCGCCACUCCCUGAUAUAUUUCUGGACAGCGUUCCACGGAUCCCAUGGGCCUUUGCCAUGACAGAAGUAUGUGGUGUGAUUUUGUGCUAUAUUUGGCUCCUGGUUCUCCUUCUUCAUAAGCACAGGUCAAUCCUCCUGCGAAGGCUCUGCAGUCUGAUGGGCACCGUCUUCCUGCUUCGCUGCUUCACCAUGUUCGUCACCUCCCUCUCUGUGCCAGGACAGCACCUGCAGUGCACCGGGAAGGUUUAUGGCAAUGUUUGGGAGAAAAUGCGCCGGGCUUUUGCCAUUUGGAGCGGCUUUGGCAUGACCCUGACCGGUGUCCACACUUGUGGGGAUUACAUGUUCAGUGGCCACACAGUCGUCUUAACUAUGCUGAAUUUCUUUGUCACUGAAUAUACGCCAAGGAGUUGGAAUUUCUUGCACACUUUGUCGUGGGUUCUCAACCUCUUUGGCAUCUUUUUCAUCUUGGCCGCCCACGAACAUUACUCCAUCGAUGUGUUCAUCGCCUUUUAUAUCACAACGAGACUCUUUCUAUACUACCAUACUCUGGCCAACACCAGGGCGUACCACCAGAGUCGGAGGGCAAGGAUCUGGUUCCCCAUGUUUUCGUUUUUUGAGUGUAAUGUUAAUGGUACCGUCCCUAAUGAGUAUUGUUGGCCCUUCUCAAAGCCAACAAUAAUGAAAAGACUCAUAGGGUGAAUGUGAUCUCUGCCAAUAGGUUUGUGGUUAACACACAGUAGCUGUUGAAAACCAGUAACCUUGCUUCCUUCCCCUAGACUGUUCCUGGAUAUUUUAUUGAGGGGAUUUAAAGUGAAUACCUUGUCUAGUUCCCUGAUCUAAGCAAGGCUGCAAUGCCAGAAAGCAAGAAAGGCCCAUCAAGAGUCCUUCUGUGUAUGUUUGUACAGAAAGCUUAAGGGGAUGUUUUCCGCC